AUGGACAGGGGAGACGACCAACACACGGAUCCCGUGCUGCACCUGCAGUCGCAACAGUCGCAUCAGUCGCUCGCACCUCCUCCGCCGCGGACUAACAAGGACGCCCGAAACGACGCGCUCCCACGCGACGAGACGAGGACGUCGCAUAACCAACAUCACACCGGCCAGCACACACAACCUCCGGCCAACGCGUCAGAACAUCAACACGACCGACCGCAGGACAGCAGUCAUCAAGCGGCCGCGUCUGCACAGGACGCGUCGGGUGCAUCUGAUCCGGCGCAAAGCUACAACUCACAACAUUCGACGCCAAUCCUGCCGCCCAUGAGCUACCAACAAGCACCGCCGGUGCAUAUUCCGGCCCCGGCCCCGGCCCCGGCCCCUACUCCAGCGACGGUGCAUGCUCCGAAUGGCCAUCCUACACAACAUCACCAACCUCCACCUCCACAACAACACGCUCAACCAGCUCCGGCGCACAGUACCAAUGGCACACCAGUGCAAUACCCACCACAAGGACAUGCUGCCCCGUCGCAGAACUACGGCGUGCAACAAGGCCCGCCGUCUAUGCAUCCAAAUGGUGGACCUGUCAAUGGCUACCCACCACAUAUGGGCUACCAGAUGCCGCACGGAGCACAGCAUGUCAACAACACCAAUAACGGCAACCACCAGCUACCAGGAGCUCGACAUAAAAAGGAGAUCAAGCGGCGCACAAAAACAGGCUGUCUGACGUGUCGAAAACGUAGGAUCAAAUGCGACGAGGGCCACCCAGCCUGUCGUAAUUGUCAAAAGAGCAAGCGCGAGUGUCUUGGCUACGAUCCCAUCUUCAAGUCGCAGACAUCUCCUCAGACCAUUCAGCCUGCUCCGGGCCACUUCCCUCCUCUGCCUCAGCAGCAACUGCCACCCCAGCAGAUCAAACAUGAGACACAAAUGACCUCCGAGCCACAACGAUACUCCAACAUUCCUCAGGGCUACGCACCUGCUGCUAGUGCCGGAUAUUCACCCGCGACAGCCAUGCAGCCACCUGUCGAGUUUGGCGCACACAUUGAUCCUGCCUUGGGUCCAGUGAACCCAUCCGUUGCUCCUCCACCUGUGCAAACAUUACCACCUCCACCUCCCCCGCCACCGCAAGACGAGUACACAACGAGUCUGCAUCCACAACGAAAUGUCCGCCUGGUGAACAUGGAGUCGCUACAUAGCCUUGACAAUAUCGCCCCGACACUCCCCCCACAUAAUCCAUCUCCUCUAUCAUCCCAGGAGAUUGAACAGAUUCGCGCCAUGUACCUUGCUGAAUACGCCCCUGGACUGGAUCGCUUCUUCGAGACUGAUUGGUAUACGGACCACGGUUUCAGCCUCCUUUUCGGGAAUCACGACUUACUACGUUACUUCCUACACUGCAUGGAGCGAUUCUCACAGGCCUCAACAGGUGGUGGAUCGCACGGUCUCACAUCUUUGGAAGCUCGUCUCAUAUGGAGACUUGGAUGCCUACCUCGCGCCAUUGUUUCCAUCCCAGCUCCUCCAUACCUCAGCAGUCUUUUGCAACGCUUGUCCAUAGUGGAAAAUCUGCUGUGCGGCACAUUUCUGGACCACAGCAUGGUUCCUGUACAACCUCCGGCAAACCCACCGGAUCCAAAACUCGUCGAGCAAUACACUCAAUAUUUGCAAGAUGCCUUCUGGCACCAGCUAGGUCGCUUUGUCAGCAUUCACGACGACAUCAUCUCUCCCGAUGCCGCUCAGCAGAUUGCAACAGCUCUUGCUGCCAUGCGUAACAUACUUUCCAUGCUCGAGAACCGUGAUGUGUUGUACUCGAUGGCUAUUGCUCGCCACUUUGGCGGUCGAAUGGUCGAUUACAACGAAGGCAAGAUUUUAGUGUCGAAAAGUGCAGAGCCCGACGAUCCUAUCGCAAAACUAGCUGUUGCCAUGAACUUUAUCCGUGAUGAAGAUUCACAAGGCACGACACAGGUUGUACAGAGAUUCUGCAGUAUGUGCCGAAGGAGUUGGCAACUGCAACGGCAAAUUGCGCAGCCCACAUAG